GGCCACACUGAGACGCAUUCUAUCAUGCCAGACUCACCUGUGGAUGUAAAAACACAAUCCAGGUCGACUCCACCCACUAUGCCACCACCUCCUCCCACACAGACGGCCCCCAGGACCAGCUCCUUCACUCCCACUGCGUUAACCAAUGGAAACAGCCACUCUCCCACCACAUCUAAUGGAGCACCCUCUCCGCCCAGCAGUUUUGGCAAUGGACCUUCCUCGUCAUCCUCUUCCUCAUCUUCCUCCUCUUCCUCGCUGGCUAAUCAGCCACUCCCACCUGCAUGUGGGGCCCGGCAGCUUAGCAAGCUGAAGCGCUUCCUGACCACCCUGCAGCAGUUUGGCAAUGACAUAUCCCCCGAGAUCGGAGAGAGGGUGCGAGCUCUGGUGCUGGGUCUGGUAAACUCAACCUUAACCAUAGAAGAGUUUCAUUCCAAACUGCAAGAGGCAACAAACUUUCCACUACGACCAUUUGUUGUCCCGUUUCUGAAGGCCAACCUGCCCCUCUUGCAGAGGGAGCUCCUGCACUGUGCGCGGACAGCCAAGCAGAACCCAGCCCAGUACCUGGCUCAGCACGAGCAGCUGCUCCUGGACAGCAGCACCAGCUCGCCCCUGGACUCCUCUGACCUGCUGCUGGACGUCAGUGAAAACAGCAAGAGAAAGUCUCCAGACAGAACCAAAGAGAAUGGCUUCAACAGGGAGCCGUUGAACUCGCAGCCCCCCAGCAAGAGGCCCUGCACAGCCAGCCCUGGCCUGCGUUUCAGCCCUAACAGUGGCCCGUCCUACCAGCCCAAUGGCCUGCCCCACCCGACACCCCCAGCGCCUCAGCACUACCGCCUGGAGGACAUGGGCCUCACUCACCCUUACAGACACCUCGCCCACAGGGAGCCCAGGGACCGCCACAGGCAGCUGGGGAUGCACGGAGCGCGUGCGGAGGGGGGCAUCGAUCAUCGGCUUAAUGACAGGGAAUGGGCAGAGGAGUGGAAGCACCUUGACCAUCUGCUGAACUGCAUCAUGGACAUGGUGGAGAAGACCCGACGCUCACUCACGGUUCUCCGUCGGUGCCAGGAGGUGGACCGGGAGGAACUGAACUUCUGGAUACGCCGCUACAGUGAUGCUGAGGACCAAAAGAAGGGCACAGGCAGCAAUAGCGCCCUCUCCAGGCAGCAGAGUCCCAUCAGUCAUGAUGCCACCACACCAGAAAUUCAAAGGGAGUUAUUCCACAGAACAGGGAUGGGAUAUGUUCCAGAAGACAUCUGGAAAAAAGCUGAGGAGGCUGUGAACGAGGUGAAGAGGCAGGCGAUGUCAGAGCUGCAGAAGGCAGUGUCGGAGGCAGAGCAUAAAGCCCAUGAGAUGAUCAGCAUGGAGAGAGCCAAAAUGGAGCGCACGGUGGCUGAUGCAAAACGACAGGCAGCUGAGGAAGCACUGUCCCUCAUCAAUCAGCAGGAAGACUCCAGUGAGAGCUGCUGGAACUGUGGGCGCAAAGCUAGCGAGACCUGCAGCGGCUGCAACGCUGCACGGUACUGCGGGGCCUUCUGCCAGCACAAGGACUGGGAGAAGCACCACCACGUGUGCGGCCAGACCGCGCAGGGCCAGCCGCAGACUGACGUACCCGCCGCCGUCAGCUCCACAGCCACGCCCCGCAGCGGCCCAGCCAGCCCAGAGAGCCCACCCUCUAUCCUGCCCCGCUCCAUAACCCCCUGCUCUGUCACACUGGUCUCGCCCUCCACCACAGACACCACUCCACGUGGAUAA